CCGGCCGCCCGGCGGGGCCGAGCGGAGCCGGGCCGGGCCGGGCCGGGCCGCGGACGCCCACAGGCGGGGCUGUCGGGCGCGGCGAGCAGCGGGGACAGCGGCCCCGGCGGCCGCGGGCCCAGGCCUCAUCGAUCCCAAUGGCGCAGGUGCCAGGGGAAGUGGACAACAUGGAGGGGCUGCCCGCCUCCAAUAACAACAACCCUGCAGCCCGCUGGGACAGCCCGGAUCGGGGCUGGGAGCGGGAGCCGCCGGCCGCCUCCACCGCAGCCGCCUCGCUCUUCGAGUGCUCCCGGAUCAAGGCCUUGGCAGACGAGCGGGAGGCCGUGCAGAAGAAGACUUUCACCAAGUGGGUGAACUCACACCUCGCCCGCGUGGGCUGCCACAUCGGGGACCUCUACACGGACCUCCGCGACGGCUUCGUGCUCACGCGGCUGCUGGAAGUGCUGUCGGGGGAGCAGCUGCCGAGGCCCACCCGCGGCCGCAUGCGGAUCCACUCGCUGGAGAACGUGGACAAGGCGCUGCAGUUCCUCAAGGAGCAGCGCGUGCACCUGGAGAACGUGGGUUCGCACGACAUCGUGGACGGGAACCACCGGCUGACACUGGGGCUGGUGUGGACCAUCAUCCUGCGCUUCCAGAUUCAAGUCAUCAAAAUUGAGACUGAGGACAACAGAGAGACGCGUUCGGCCAAGGACGCCUUGCUCCUGUGGUGCCAGAUGAAGACGGCAGGUUACCCGGAAGUAAACAUCCAGAAUUUCACCACCAGCUGGCGGGACGGCUUAGCCUUCAAUGCCCUCAUUCACCGGCACAGGCCCGACCUCGUGGACUUCAGCAAACUCACCAAGUCCAAUGCCAACUACAACCUGCAGAGAGCCUUCCGCACCGCUGAGCAGCACCUGGGGCUGGCCCGGCUGCUGGACCCUGAAGAUGUGAACAUGGAAGCUCCAGAUGAGAAAUCCAUCAUCACCUACGUGGUCUCUUUCUACCACUACUUCUCCAAGAUGAAGGCUCUGGCUGUGGAGGGGAAGCGGAUUGGGAAGGUCCUGGACCAGGUGUUGGAGGUGGGAGAGAUCAUAGAGCGCUAUGAGGAGCUCGCAGCCGAGCUGCUGGCCUGGAUCCACCGCACCGUGGGCCUCAUCAGCAACCAGAAGUUUGCCAACUCGCUGAGUGGGGUGCAGCAGCAGCUACAGGCGUUCACGGCCUAUUGCACCCUGGAGAAGCCAGUCAAGUUCCAGGAGAAGGGGAACCUGGAGGUGCUGCUCUUCAGUAUCCAGAGCAAACUGCGAGCCUGCAACCGGCGCCUCUUUGUGCCUCGGGAGGGCUGCGGCAUCUGGGAUAUUGACAAGGCCUGGGGCCAGCUGGAAAAGGCAGAACACGAGCGGGAAGCUGCCCUCCGGGCUGAGCUGAUCCGGCAGGAGAAGCUGGAGCUGCUGGCUCAGAGGUUUGACCACAAAGUGGCUAUGAGAGAGAGCUGGCUGAAUGAGAACCAGCGCCUGGUUUCCCAGGAUAACUUUGGAUAUGAGCUGCCAGCAGUGGAGGCAGCCAUGAAGAAGCACGAAGCCAUUGAGGCGGACAUUGCAGCCUACGAGGAGCGGGUUCAGGGUGUGGCAGAGGCACAGCUGCUGUCCCGGGAGUGUGGGCAGCACCUGGUGGAGGCGGAGGACCUGCUGCAGAAGCACGGGCUGCUGGAGGGAGACAUCACGGCCCAGAGCGAGCGGGUGGAGGCCCUCAAUGCUGCUGCCCUGCGUUUCUCCCAGCUGCAGGGCUACCAGCCCUGCGACCCUCAGGUCAUCUGCAACCGUGUGAACCACGUGCAUGGCUGUCUGGCGGAGCUGCAGGAGCAGGCAGCGCGGCGGCGCGCGGAGCUGGAGGCCUCGCGGAGCCUGUGGGCGCUGCUGCAGGAGCUGGAGGAGGCCGAGAGCUGGGCGCGCGACAAGGAGCGCCUCCUGGAGGCCGCGGGCGGCGGCGCGGCGGGCGGCGCGCACGACCUGUCCAGCACCGCGCGCCUGCUGGCGCAGCACAAGAUCCUGCAGGGCGAGCUGGGCGGGCGCCGGGCGCUGCUGCAGCAGGCGCUGCGGCGCGGCGAGGAGCUGGCUGCGGCCGGCGGGGCCGUGGGCCCGGGCGCCGAGAUGGUGCACUUGGCCGGCCUGGCGGAGCGCGCAGCGAGCGCGCGGCGCCGCUGGCAGCGGCUGGAAGAGGCGGCGCAGCGGCGGGAGCGGCGGCUGCAGGAGGCGCGGGCGCUGCACCAGUUCGGCGCUGAGCUCGACGGGCUCCUGGACUGGCUUCGCGACGCGUACCGCCUGGCAGCCGCUGGCGACUUUGGCCACGACGAAGCGUCCAGCCGCCGCCUGGCGCGCCAGCACCGCGCUCUCACUGGGGAGGUGGAGGCGCAUCGCGGGCCCGUGGGUGGCCUGCGACGCCAGCUGGCGACACUGGGGGGCGCCAGCGGGGCCGGGCCGCUGGUGGUGGCGCUGCAGGUGCGCGUGGUGGAGGCGGAGCAGUUAUUCGCCGAGGUGACCGAGAUGGCCGCGCUGCGGCGCCAGUGGCUGCGGGACGCCCUCGCCGAUUCGAGAGCCUGGACCAGGAGAUGAACAGUCUGAUGGGCCGUGUCCUGGACGUGAACCACACGGUGCAGGAGCUGGUGGAAGGCGGCCACCCCAGCUCGGAGGAGGUGCGCUCCUGCCAGGACCACCUCAACAGCAGGUGGAACCGCAUCGUGGAGCUGGUGGAACAGCGCAAGGAGGAGAUGAGCGCGGUGCUGCUGGUGGAGAACCACGUGCUGGAGGUGGCCGAGGUGCGCUCGCAGGUGCGCGAGAAGCGGCGGGCGGUGGAGAGCGCGCCCCGCGCCGGCGGCGCCCUGCAGUGGCGCCUGAGUGGCCUGGAGGCCGCGCUGCAAGCGCUCGAGCCGCGCCAGGAGGCCCUGCUGGAGGAGGCGGCCCUGCUGGCGGCGCGCUUCCCCGCGCAGGCGGCACGGCUGCACCAGGGCGCCGAGGAGUUGGGCGCUGAAUGGGGCACGCUGGCCAGCGCUGCCCAGGCAUGCGGCGAGGCGGUGGCGGCGGCCGGGCGCCUGCAGCGCUUUCUGCACGACCUGGACGCCUUCCUGGACUGGCUGGUGCGCGCCCAGGAGGCGGCGGCCGGCGGCGAGGGGCCCCUGCCCGGCAGCCUGGAGGAGGCGGACGCGCUGCUGGCGCGCCACGCGGCGCUCAAGGAGGAGGUGGACCGGCGCGAGGAGGACUACGCGCGCAUCGUGGCGGCCAGCGAGGCGCUGCUGGCGGCCGACGGCGCCGAGCUGGGCCCCGGGCUGGCGCUCGACGAGUGGCUGCCCCACCUCGAAGUCGGCUGGCACGAGCUGGCGCUGUCUGGGGUGGAGCUCCCGGGCACGGUGGAGGCCGUGGAGGAGGCGCUGAAGCGGCACCGGGAUCUCCUCACCACCAUGGAGCUGAACCAGCAGAAGCUGCAGGUGGCCGUGCAGGCUGCUGAGGGCCUGCUGAGGCAGGGCAACGCCUACGGCGAGCAGGCCCAGGAAGCGGCGGCCCGGCUGCUGGAGAAGAACCAAGAAAACCAGCUACGGGCCCAGCAUUGGAUGCAGAAACUUCACGACCAGCUCGAGCUGCAGCACUUCCUCCGAGACUGCCACGAGCUGGAUGGGUGGAUCCAUGAGAAGAUGCUGAUGGCGCGCGACGGCACACGGGAAGACAGCCACAAGCUGCACAAGAGAUGGCUCCGGCACCAGGCGUUCAUGGCCGAGCUGGCUCAGAAUAAGGAGUGGCUGGAGAAGAUCGAGAGGGAGGGCCAGCAGCUGAUGCAGGAGAAGCCGGAGCUGGCGGCCUCGGUGCGGAAGAAGCUGGGCGAGAUCCGGCAGUGCUGGGCGGAGCUGGAGAGCACCACGCAGGCCAAGGCCCGCCAGCUGUUCGAGGCCAGCAAGGCCGACCAGCUGGUGCAGAGCUUCGCAGAGCUGGACAAGAAGCUGCUUCACAUGGAGAGCCAGCUGCAGGACGUGGACCCCGGAGGGGACCUGGCCACCGUCAACAGCCAGCUCAAGAAGCUGCAGUCAAUGGAGUCACAGGUGGAGGAGUGGUACCGCGAGGUGGGAGAGCUGCAGGCGCAGACGGCGGCGCUGCCGCUGGAGCCGGCGAGCAAGGAGCUGGUGGGCGAGCGGCAGAACGCGGUGGGCGAGCGCCUGGUGCGCCUGCUCGAGCCACUGCAGGAGCGCCGUCGCUUGCUGCUGGCCUCCAAGGAGCUGCACCAGGUGGCGCACGACCUGGACGACGAGCUGGCCUGGGUUCAAGAGCGGCUGCCACUGGCCAUGCAGACAGAGCGGGGCAGUGGUUUGCAGGCUGUCCAGCAGCACAUCAAAAAGAACCAGGGCCUGCGGCGCGAGAUCCAAGCCCACGGGCCGCGCCUGGAGGAGGUGCUGGAGCGAGCGGGUGCGCUGGCGUCGCUGCGCAGCCCCGAGGCCGAGGCGGUGCGCCGGGGCCUGGAGCAGCUGCAGGGCGCCUGGGGCGGCCUGCGGGAAGCGGCUGAGCGGCGGCAGCAGGCGCUAGACGCCGCCUUCCAGGUGGAGCAGUACUAUUUCGACGUGGCCGAGGUGGAGGCGUGGCUGGGCGAGCAGGAGCUGCUCAUGAUGAGUGAGGACAAGGGCAAGGACGAGCAGAGCACGCUGCAACUGCUGAAGAAGCACUUGCAGCUGGAGCAGGGCGUGGAGAACUACGAGGAGAGCAUCGCGCAGCUGUCGCGGCAGUGCCGGGCGCUGCUGGAGAUGGGGCACCCGGACAGCGAGCAGAUCAGCCGGCGGCAGUCGCAGGUGGACCGGCUGUACGUGGCCCUCAAGGAGCUGGGCGAGGAGCGCAGGGUGGGCCUGGAGCAGCAGUACUGGCUGUACCAGCUCAGCCGCCAGGUGGACGAGCUGGAGCACUGGAUCGCGGAGAAGGAGGUGGUGGCCGGCUCGCCGGAGCUGGGCCAGGACUUCGAGCACGUCUCUGUGCUGCAGGAGAAAUUCUCGGAGUUUGCCAAUGAGACGGGCACGGCAGGGCGGGAGCGGCUGGCGGCCGUGAACCAGAUGGUGGACGAGCUCAUCGAGUGCGGCCACACGGCGGCAGCCACCAUGGCCGAGUGGAAGGACGGGCUGAACGAGGCCUGGGCCGAGCUGCUGGAGCUCAUGGGCACCCGCGCCCAGCUGCUGGCCGCCUCCCGGGAGCUGCACAAGUUCUUCAGUGAUGCCCGGGAGCUUCAGGGACAGAUCGAGGAGAAACGGAGACGGCUGCCCCGCCUGACGGCGCCGCCGGAGCCGAGACCCAGCGCCAGCUCCAUGCAGCGCAACCUGCGAGCCUUCGAACAUGACCUGCAGCUCCUCGUGUCCCAGGUCCGGCAGCUGCAGGAGGGGGCCGCCCAGCUGCGCACGGUGUACGCGGGGGAGCACGCCGAGGCCAUCGCCGGCCGGGAGCAGGAAGUGCUGCAGGGCUGGCAGGCGCUGCUGGCCGCCUGCGAGGACGCCCGCCUGCACGUCAGCUCCACGGCCGACGCCCUGCGCUUCCACAGCCAGGCCCGCCACCUGCUCUCCUGGAUGGAUGGCAUCGCUGGCCAGAUCGGGGCCGCCGACAAGCCCAGAUCGAGAAACUCAAAGCGGAGCAGAGCAAGCAGCCGCCCACUCCCCUGCUGGGGCGCAAGUUCUUCGGGGACCCCACGGAACUGGCGGCCAAGGCGGCGCCCCUGCUGCGGCCCGCGGGCUACGACAGGGCCUUGGAGCCCCUGGCCCGCCGGGCUUCGGACACGUUGUCGGCCGAGGUGCGGACACGGGUCGGCUACGUGCGCCAGGAGCUCAAGCCCGAGCGCCUCCAGCCGCGCAUCGACCGGCUGCCGGAGGUCGCGGGCAAGGCGGAGACCACGGCCCCGCCGGCAGCUCCGGAAGACGCGGCCGAGACCCCCGGGACCCCUGCGGCGGCGGAGCAGGUCCGGCCACGGCCCGAGCGCCAGGAAUCCGCGGACCGCGCGGAGGAGCUGCCCAGGCGGCGGCGGCCAGAGCGGCAGGAGUCGGUCGAUCCCUCCGAGGAGGCCACGCGGAGGCGGCGGCCGGAGCGGCAGGAGGCGGCGGAGCACGAGGCGGCACACAGCCUCACCCUGGGCCGCUACGAGCAGAUGGAGCGGCGGCGCGAGCGGCGCGAGCGGCGCUUGGAGCGGCAGGAGUCCAGCGAGCAGGAGAUGCCCGCCAGGGGAGACCUGGCCAAGGGGAAGGCCACCCUGGCUGACAUCGUGGAGCAGCUGCAGGAGAAAGAGGCCGGCCCAGGGCUCCCUGCCGGGCCGUCGCUGCCUCAGCCUCGCGAGCUUCCCCCCGGCCGCCUGCCCAACGGGCUUGAGCCGCCCGAGCGGACACCUCGGCCGGACCGGCCGCGGGCGCGGGACCGGCCCAAGCCGCGACGGCGGCCGCGGCCUCGCGAGGGUGGUGAGGGCGGGGGAAGCCGGCGCUCGCGCUCCGCCCCGGCCCAGGGCGGCUCCGCCCCCGCGCCUCCGCCACCGCCCACUCACACAGUGCAGCACGAGGGCUUCCUGCUGCGCAAGCGCGAGCUCGACGCUAACCGCAAGUCGUCGAACCGGUCGUGGGUGAGCCUGUACUGCGUGCUCAGCAAAGGGGAGCUGGGCUUCUACAAGGACGCCAAGGGCCCGGCCUCGGGGGGGACACACGGCGGGGAGCCCCUGCUCAGCCUGCACAAGGCCACCAGCGAGGUGGCUAGCGACUACAAGAAGAAGAAGCAUGUCUUCAAGCUCCAGACCCAGGACGGCAGCGAGUUUUUGCUCCAAGCUAAAGACGAGGAGGAGAUGAACGGCUGGCUGGAGGCUGUGGCCGCCUCCGUGGCGGAACACGCCGAGAUCGCCCGCUGGGGCCAGACGCUGCCCACCACGUCGUCCACCGACGAGGGCAACCCCAAGCGAGAAGGCGGGGAGCGCAGGGCCAGCGGGCGCCGGAAGUGACCUGACUCCCCUGCCCGGGGCCACACCCGUCUCCUCGCCCCUCCUCUCAGCACUGUGGGCACAAAGACACUUUCUCCUCCGCGGGGGCCGGAGCCCCUCGUUCCAUCACUGCGGAUGCGCCAUGACGGGCACUGGGAAGGAGGGGCUUCUCCUGCACCCCAAGAAGUGGUCAGGGGACUGCUGCCCCUACAGCCAUAUAUCGGCCCCUUCCUGCUCGCCACCCCCACCCCCGGUGCUGGGGCUCCAUUAUUUUUUAUGCAAUAACUGAGCUUGGUGGGGGUGGGCAGGAGGCCAGUUGAGCCAAGCCCCCUGCCCCGAUCCGUAGAUCCUGCCCCAAGAAGUCGGGGUGGUGGGGGCGGUCAUUCCUGUCCCCUCUCCGCCCUAGGGAUGGGCACGGGGGCGCUGGUGAGGUCCCCUGGGCCAUCCAGGGUGCUAGGGGGUGGGGAGGGGACACCUCCUCCCCGCCUUUACCUCACUUCCAAUGCUGCCUUGAUCUCUGUCUGGGAGGGGGCGUGGAGGGGCCCAUGCCCCUGCACUCCGCCGCCUCAGAGCCAUGUGGUUAAUUCCCGACUUAGUUUAUUUUUGCAAAAUGUCAACUUCCUCCUCUUCCCCGCCCCCGCCCCCCCCCCCCGCAUCCGCGAAGGCUUUUAACGGGAGGGGCGUCAAAGCUCAACCCUGUCUCCCUCCCCGCCUCCCCAGCUGUAAAUGCCACCUCUCGAGGGGAGGGGGGAGGGGAAGCCCUCCCCUGCAUGCCUCUGGCUGGAGCACCUCCGUGGGCAGGGCGGGGGGGCCGGCUCUGGGCAGCCCCCGGGGCCGCCUGGAGGAGCUGCUGGGGCCCAGGGGUGUGGGCAGUGUGGCGGGCGCACACUACGAACCUGUAAUAAACCCUUUGGCUUUGA